AUCAUACAUCGAUUACUCUCAGAAAUCAGUGACUUUUUCUCAUCCCAAAGAUAGAAUGCCGCUAGAAGUAACACCAGUUUCACAGCUUAAUUCUGACCUCUCAACAUGCAAAGUUAAAGUCCGGAUUGCUCGCGUCUGGGCAUACCAUAAGAAAGAUAGACCCAAAGAUAUUACGGGAAUAGACCUUCUCCUGGUGGAUGACAAGGGAGAUAGGAUACAAGCCUCCAUCAGAUCGCAAUUACUUACAAAAUUCCAGGGAAAACUAGAAGAGGGAGAUUGCUACAUGAUUAUGAACUUUGAGAUUUUAGAUAAUGGAGGGAGUUAUAGAGCCAGUUCUCACCCCUACAAGAUCAACUUUAUGUCCAUGACACACGUCAAGAAAUGUGAGCAGAUUCCAAACUUGGAAUUUCGUUUCAACUUCGUCCCUUUCUCUGAUAUACAAGCUCGGACUGACAAUGAGAAUGUUUUCAUUGACGUUAUUGGUGAGAUAAUUGGAAUGCAUGAACUUAAAGAGGUUAAUGUUUCGGGGCGGCAGACAAAGUUAUUGAAUUUACAGCUCAGAGAUCUUGGGGAAUCAGUCAUCGAUGUUACUUUGUGGGAAAAAUGGGCAGAAGAUUUGUACUCUUAUGUUAAGGGCAAUAAAGAUGGUUCAAUUGUUUUAGUUGGAAGCUUGAUGAAGACAAAGCCAUAUAACGGCAAGAUCUCUGUACAAAAUGCUUCAUUUUCGACCAAGCUGUUUAUCAAUUCCCCAAUUGCCGAGAUAAUAGAGUUUAAAGAAAGUUUGGCCAAAUCUGAUCAUCUAGCUUUAACUACGAUUUCAACAAUUACGUCUUCAAGCUCAAGCAAGAAUUCUAAAGCUUCAUUCUCCUUGGCAAAUCAAAAAACAAUUGCAGAUAUUCAUUCGGGAGGGGCAUGUAACAUUAUUGCAUCAAUAUUCUCCAUCGACACAAAAGUUCCAUGGUUUUAUAUUGGUUGUACUAAAUGUUUCAAGAAAGUAUCUCCUUACUUCAACCCUGAAACUGAAGAAAUAGAAGCCGGAAAAUAUGAAUGUGAAAAAUGUGACACAUUUGUAACUACUACAAGCACCAGGUACAAGGUGCAAGCAACAGUUAUUGACCAUACUGGUAGCGCAUCAUUUCUUCUUUUCGAUCAGGAUGUCAUCAAGCUCAUUCACAAAUCCGCAUAUGAGUUGCUCGAGCAACAAGUUCAGUUUAAUCGUUCAGACCAAAUUCCGCAAGAGCUGCUUGAUUUACAAGGGCGUCAAUUUGUUUUCAAGAUACAAGGUUCAGACUCGACCAAAUUCAACUCACAGUCUACGUUCAGAGUAUUUGAACUUACCGACAAUCCCGAAAUUGUUCAAAAGUUUCAGGAAAAUAUUUUGCAAGUGAACACAACUGAUCCAAGCACUCACAUGGUCUCAAGCUUUUCAAACCCGACUAUGAGCGAGAUUGAACCUGAUUCGGACACAAUCACUGUCUCUACCCCUUCAGAUGCAACUAGAAAUCAGAUUGACAGUACAUCUUCCGAGGCGGCUAACUAUGAAAACAGCAACACGUCUAUCCAGACUUCUAAGAACACUUCAAAGAUCACUAAAUUGACUCCGACGUCAAAACGAUCACUAACUUCAUCGGAAGAUAAUGCAGCUCAACAGUCUUCUACAAAGCCUAAAUUGUUGUCCAAGGCUGAGAUUAAGAAAGAAAAGAAAUGAUCAUGCUAUGACUUCACUAUUGAAAUGUUUCACGCCUUUGUUUAUGUAAAUGUCUUUGCAUUUAAGUA